AUGCCGAGAAGUUGGUGGAGAAGAAGGAAGAACCUGACUAUGACUGACCUCCAUCUCCUCUGGAAAGGCCUCCAUUCCAACAGCAGCCCUCCAUCCGCUGAGAAUGCAGCGCCGCCACGGAAGGUACCACUACCGACAGACACCGACGGCAACAUAUCUUUGAGGACGACGAGGACCGGAGAUUCCACCAGACUGCUUGAAAUUUCGCCAACUCCUAGCCUCGGAAGCAGCUGUCGGCGGCAGGCGACUGCCCGAACUUCCUUCUCGGUGCCUGCCCUCCCUCCCCUCCUCUCUCUACUUACUCUGGCCUCUCUCCAGAGGUCUGCUUAUCUCUUGCGCUCUCCUCUCAUGGGAUUCCUCCGCCUCGUGCUGUCGUCCCACGAAGCCCGCGGCAGUUCUCUGUUCCCGUAG